CAGUCUACACUUUGUAACUUUUACAAUUCGAUAAUAUUUCAUCAGAAAACAACAUGGCCUCCAUGUGGAAAAUUGUAGGUCGCACGAGAAUCAAGUUGAGCGAAAACACAACGAAUGUGCUUGGACAACAUCAGGUUGUGAAACAGCAAGGGCCUUCUGCACAUGUGUUACAAUGCACAGCCACUAAUUAUGAUACCAGAUUGAUUCAGAAACGCCAGUACUCUGAUGGAAGGAAAGGAUUCUUCCAGUCUAUUUUCGACAAUAUGAAAGAAGGAUUUGCUAAGGAUAAGAAAUUAAAUGAAAACAUUAAAAAGUUCCAAGAGGAAAAGAAGAAAUUGGACAGUUCUGAUGCUAUCAAGGCUGCUAGACAGAAAUUUGAGAAUAUUGAGUCGGAAACGUUGAAAGGGUCAGAUGCCUUAAAGAAGAAGCUGUCUGAGACCUAUGAGGAGUUGUCCAAAUCUGAGUAUGUGAAGAAGAGCAUAGAGAUCACGAGUGACAUUGGUAAGACUGCUGGCAAGGCAGGGGAGGCCAUCCUGGAACAGGGCAGGAAAAUAGGGGAAAGUGCACCAAUGAAAACUGUCUCUCAGGGAGUUAGUAGGGUGAGGGAGGGAAUAGAUGGCGCCAUAGCUGUAAGGGACCGACCCUAUAAGGCACCUGAGAAGCUUUGGCUGAGAACAGAAAAGAUUGAAGGAGAUAAUAUCAAAAUCCUUCAACCAGAUAAUGAAACUAUUGGGAUCACACUUCACAAAGACUCUAAAUGGAAGAGCAGCUGGCAGGAUUUCAAAGACAACAAUGAAUAUGUUAACAAAAUAUUCGACUUGAAGGCUAAAUAUGACGAGAGUGACAAUGCUGUCAUUAGGGGAACUCGCUUUUUCACGGAUAAAAUCUCCAGUAUAUUUGGUGGUAUGUUUUCCAGUACUGAGAUGUCUGAUGUCUUAACAGAAAUCAACAAAAUGGACCCCACAUUUGAAAUAAGUGAAUUCGUACAAUGGUGCCAGUAUUUUGUUAUACCAAAUAUUUUAGAGGCCUUAAGCAGAGGAGAGGAUACAAUAUUAAAAGACUGGUGUUAUGAAGCACCCUUCAAUCAGCUUAUGCAUCCCAUUAAAGAGGGGAAGAAGAUAGGAUUGCGGUUGGAGAGUCAGAUAUUAGACAUCAGCGGGGUUGAUGUGGCUGCAGCCAAGAUCAUGGAGCAAGGUCCAGUGUUGGUGAUCUCGUUCGUAGCCCAGCAGAUCCUGGUUGAACGCAAUACAAAAGGGGAGGUUGUGGCUGGAGAUCCAAAUAAAGUGAUGCGAACAACAUAUGUUUGGGCGAUGUGUCGUGACACAGAGGAGUUGAACCCCCGAGCAGCAUGGCGCCUCCUGGACUUCUCGGCUCAGUCCACAGAACAGUUAUUCUAAAGGGUUAACGCCGGUAUUCGCUACCUAUCAUCCAGGGCAGAAGUACAGAGGUCACCUUGGAUUUUAUAUUCCUACUAUGUAUGAAGGCAUUUUGUGUUGACCAGCUGAGAUAAACUGUUACUAAACCAAUGGCUGUGGUGAAGCCUAAUGACUUGAGAGCAUGUCAUUAUCUAGUGGUUAGCUAGUAUUUCUCAGGCAUAUAUGGUUGUUCUAGGAUUACUUCCUUAAUACAAGUGAAUGUUAGCAUAACAGUUGUUUGAUGUGCUCACGAGUAUGUACAAGGCCCCCAUGGGGUCAGGCAUUCAAUGGAGGCCAUUUUACACUGUACAGGUGUAUUUUCCAUACAUUUAGAUAUUUUAGUAAAUUGAAACAAAUCAGAGUUCAAAUGAUACUUUUCUUAACUAAAACGUUAAAAUGACGUAAAUGUAUUUAUUAUAAGGUGUAAUUUUGUCUUGUUCAGCAUUUAUAGAGCUACAAUUUGUUUCCAAUGUCAGUGUAUAGUUGAAUAUUGAUGUUAAAGGGAGUAAAUCCAUACAGUGAAUUUAUAAUUGUAAAUCAGAUUUGUUUGCCUUCAAUUGACACAUUAACCAGGUACACUUUUCAAUUAAUUUAGAUAUCUGUAUACAACAAAUUGUGUCGAGUUGUAAAUGUAAAAAAUAAGAGUUUUUAAAUAAAUUAUUCAGGUCAAUCACAUUACUUUCUGGUUAAUGAGAUUUUAGGGGGGGGGGGAGGGGGGGGGGAAUGACAUCUGUCUGAUGAAUUGUUGCAUAUGACAAAAAAAUGUCAAAAACAGGUUGGGCUUCAUGCAGGGACUUCUUUUGCGUGCUAUUAAUAUCCCCGUACAGAAGUCACAUUUUAAAUUGUCGAAUUUUAUAAACAUAUUAAUAUGUCAGAGAUAAAACUUGCCUUUUUACGAACUGCUGCUGUCAACUUCCAGAACACAAGUAUCUGCUAAUACCAGUACGUGACAAAGCAUAUUGCGUUAAAGGGAUCUUUUCACGCUUUGGUAAAUUGACAAAAUUGAAAAAAGUUGUUUCAGAUUCGCAAAUUUUCGUUUUGGUUAUGAUAUUUGUGAGGAAACAGUAAUACUGAACAUUUACCAUGCUCUAAUAUAGCCAUUAUAUGCAUCUUUUGACGAUUUUAAAACCUAAAAAUUAUAAAGCGUUGCAACGCGAAACGAUUGAAUAAUUUGGAGAGUUCUGUUUUUGUCGUUAAAUUUUGUGAAACUACGAAGAUUGCUUAUAUAAGGUAUAAAAUAUGUCUAGCAUGUGUACCCGGCGGAAUAGCUCAGUAGGUUAAAGCGUUUUUACUUCAGGACUCUGGCAGGACUCCAGGGGUCACUGGUUCGAAACCUGCUCCGGGCAAUGUUCUUUUCCGUUUUUUAAUUUUAUUCUUGAUUUUUUACUGGAGCUUUUACGAUCCAAUGUUUACAUUUAUCAAUAUAAAGCAUUUAAUGAAUAAGUUAAAAAAAUGCCAAAAUCUGUGAAAAGGCCCCUUUAAAGGGUUACAAUUAAAUAAGUAAAUACAAUGUGUAAAAAAUACUAAUGUCAAGGAAAUAAUUAAUAAUUAUGAAAAAGCUUGAGAAAUUUUGAUGUCAUUUUGUAUUAUUAAACGUACAUGACUUUGACAUGCAAUAAGACAUACUUAUAUUACUCUUAAACUUUCUUAAUUGGAAAAAAUCUCUCUUAAUAGUAGUUAUAUAAAAGUUAUAUGUUAAUGCUAUGGCACAAAUACUUUUAAUUUCACUGUACAAAUUUACAAAAUACCAAUUAUAUGGCUUAAAUAAUUUUAAUUUCACAUUACAUUUUUUCAAAAUAUCUUUUUAUGUUUUAACACAGGUUUGCUUACGUGGGUUUAUUGCCAUAUAAUUAUCUCACUCGCAUAAUAUAGCAGUUGAACUGUCCGUCUGUCUGAAAACUUUAACAUUGCCCAUAACUUUUGCAAUAUUGAAGAUAGCACUUGAUAUUUGGCAUGCAUGUGUAUCUCAUGGAGCUGCACAUUUUGAGUGGUGAAAGGUCAAGGUCAUCCUUCAAGGUCAAAUAUAUGGCUUCAAAGCGGCGCAGUAAGGGGCAGUGUGUUUCUGACAAACACAUCUCUUGUUUUAGUAUCAACUUGAUAUAUAUGGGCCAAGCUGUGUGAAAAGGGGUUUAAUGCAGGUGCGUAAAAUUUCGUCCCAGGUUAGCCUGUGCAGUCAGGCUAAUCAGGGACGACACUUUCCGCCUAAGCUCAAUUUUUUGCUAAGAGACUUUUUAAACUAAAACUAAUCUGGGACGACACUUAACGCACAUGCAUACAACACUCUUUUCACAGAGCACGGCCCGUAUGAAUAUAACAACGUAUAGGGUCAGGAAAUUUUGUCACUGUUGUGCAAAGCCUUGUUCCACUAAAUUCAGACAAAUAUCUUGCUCAUAGCAUCACAAGCUUAUAUUUUAUAUUUUAAUGCAUUGUUAUGCUUGUGAACAUGAAAUGCUUAACUUUGUUGAUCAUGUUUAUAUUUGAAUGCCUCAUCUUAAUAAAAUUAUAAAAUCUUA